AUGAAUACUUCCUACUAUAAAGCGCCAGAAGUGUUCAGACAGAAUGCUAUUUUUGUAAAGAAAAAUAGAGGGGCAGCUGCUGCCAGAAACAAUGACGAUAAGGAGCUUGCCCUUCCUAGAACUUGCAAAGCGGACUCCUCGCGUUUGAAUAGCCCUCUGCUACGGAAAGUCAGCGGGGAUUUAAACGAUGUGGUUGUCACCAAGAAGCUGAGAAGUGACUGCUGGAAACUAGAGACCGACGUGACUGGCGUCACAUCGAUGUCUGUGGACGACAGCACGAUUGUUCUUUCUAAUUCGGCCAAAACAGACAACGUGCAUUUGUACCAGUUGAGAGAUGCUUCGCAGGACGACGAUAACAACAUAGCUAUUGCUGGGAAAAAACUGCUCCAUAGCUUACAAACGAUCAGUGUUCCAGGGAACCCCAUUGUGUCCACGGAUAUCGUGCCCUGGCAACACAAUGCCACAGUCGAGUCCUUUGAUUCGUCUGUUCACGACACCAUCAUGCUCACUGGUCAUUCUGACGGAUACGUUAACAUGAUUGCGACUUCUACCUCGGAAGGUAAAGCUAAGAUCUUGAAACGUUUCAACCACGCAAAACACUUGAAAGUUACGCACCCCAUCUCGGACUCAUUUGGGGUAGACUUGGCAUCACAGGUGUACGACAUGCACCGUUCCAAGCCCGUACGCCAAUUGAAAAGCUGGAACAAGAACCAUUUCGUUUCCGUGAUCAACGAAUCGUUGUUCGUGUACGACGUGAACGAACAUGCCAGGAACCCGCUGUUCUUGAACAAUUUCCCUGGUCUUGAACACGUUGAUCCUAAUCCGGUCAACAAACACACCUUUUCGCUUGCCGGUACAAAGUUUGGUGCCGCUGGUAUCGCCUUGUUGGACCUCCGCUCUAAUGACACUACCGGAUUACGUGUUCCUGGAGGAGAGUUGCAACAACAACACCAAGGAACAACCGAAUGCGGGAGAUCUUAUGUGUCGAAGUGGUUGGACGAAUACACAGUUGCCAAUUCGGUCGGGAAGACGCUCAAAGUUUGGGAUAUCAGGUACGGAGAAGUCAAAGCACAGUUGUUAGGCCAUUAUGGUUAUGUGAACUCGUUGGAAUUCGACUCAAAGCUCAACAAGUUGUACAGUUCGGACGACCAAGGCCUAAUACUUUCAUGGGAUAUGAAUGCGGUCGAGUUCAAGGACGAAGUUGUCUGUUGCAGGCCAUCGCACGGUAUUCAGAGUUUCAAUCUACCAAGUGAUUGCAUACAAAAUGGUACCAUAAUCAAUUCUCCAGACCUAGAAAGAGUUUCAGACAAGCAAUAUGGGCUCGGAAGUCAUUUCCUCGGAAUUUCAGGCUCGAACCUGCUCUCGUUACACGAUCAAGAACUACGCUCAUACUCCAUUGUACACAUGCCUAUGGCAAUUAGGGCCCCACCAAGAAGCCCACUACGUUUGCUCAGACCAAAGGUUUCAAGAAAGAGUACUGUUUCCAAGGCUACAGUGUCAGUGGGGGGAUCAAGUUCAGACGAAACGUCAAAGGACAGCAACUCUGCGUUCGAAGAUUCCGAAGAUACGUUGGAAUACGAAGCUCAUUCUCCACAUACACCAGUUCUGGAUGGAACUUUUGGUGCGAAACAUUUGGACUUCUUUAUUCCUGAACUUCCUCUCUUGUCUGGUAUCAGAAGAGAAAGUGACGCUACGUUAAACAGCGUUGCUAAGUAG